AUGAGUGAACUGGAUUCCAAGGCGACCAUACUGUUGAUGGGUCUCAGAAGAGGCGGCAAGUCAUCCAUCUGCAAGGUAGUGUUCCACAAUAUGCAGCCUCUGGACACGCUAUACCUAGAGUCAACGACAAACCCAACAUCCGAGCACUUUUCGACAUUGAUUGACCUAGGAGUAAUGGAGCUGCCGGGGCAACUGAACUACUUCGAGCCCAGCUACGAGUCAGAGAACCUAUUCAAGAGCGUCGGCGCACUGGUAUAUGUGAUCGACUCACAGGACGAGUACCUGAAUGCCCUGACGAAUCUAGCGAUGAUCAUCGAAUAUGCGUAUAAGGUGAACCCACGGAUCAGCUUUGAGGUGUUGAUCCACAAGGUGGACAGUCUGAGCGAAGACUUCAAGCUAGAUACGCAGCGCGACAUCAUGCAGCGUACCGGCGACGAGUUACUGGACCUGGGUCUUGAGGGUGUACAAGUUUCCUUCUAUCUGACGAGUAUUUUUGACCACUCUAUCUACGAGGCCUUCUCGCGCAUCGUACAGAAGCUGGUGCCUGAGCUGCCCUUCCUGGAGAACAUGUUGGACAAUCUUGUGCAACAUUCCAAGAUCGAGAAGUGCUUCUUGUUUGAUAUCAAUUCAAAGAUAUAUGUUGCCACAGACUCGUCGCCGGUGGACAUACAGACCUACGAGGUCUGCGCAGAGUUUGUCGAUGUGGCCAUCGACCUGCAAGACCUGUAUAAAAACCCAAACGAGGAGCACGAGAUGAAGAGUGUGUCGACGCUUGUUAACGGUGUUGUCAUAUAUCUGCGGCAGAUGAUCCGCGGGCUGGCACUAGUCGCCCUGGUACGCCCUGUGGACUCCUCGAUGUCCUCCGCGGAAUACGACACUUCGAUGGAAUCCUGUCUUACGGUCAUGGAUUACAACAUCGACAUAUUCAAGAAGGGCCUCGAACAAGUAUGGGAUCGCGCUCGGGUGGCGCGCGCAGAUGGCGAAACCGGUUCGCAGGAAAACCCACAUACUACCUUUUGA